GAUACUACGGCACGGCCUAGCUUCGUGUUACCGUCAUCUUUCUUGUUCGCGUUUCAUUCGUUGAAGUCGCCCUUUUAAUUUUUACUAGAUAGUGCUAUGGCUGUUGGUAAGAAUAAGGGUCUUUCUAAAGGAGGAAAGAAGGGUGUUAAAAAGAAGGUUGUUGACCCCUUUACAAGGAAGGAUUGGUAUGAUGUCAAAGCACCAUCUAUGUUUGCGACCAGACAAAUUGGCAAAACUCUGGUCAAUCGUACUCAAGGAACAAAAAUUGCUUCUGAAGGUCUAAAAUACAGAGUUUUUGAAGUAUCUUUGGCUGAUCUUCAAAGUGAUACUGAUGCUGAACGUUCCUUCCGCAAAUUCCGUUUGAUUGCUGAAGAUGUUCAAGGGCGCAAUGUAUUGACUAAUUUUCAUGGCAUGGACUUGACAACAGACAAACUGAGAAGCAUGGUGAAGAAAUGGCAGACUUUAAUUGAGGCAAACGUUGAUGUAAAAACAACUGAUGGGUAUCUUCUACGUGUAUUCUGCAUUGGAUUUACUAACAAGGAUCAGAUGUCACAGAGAAAAACCUGCUACGCACAACACACACAGGUGAGAGCCAUCAGGAAAAAGAUGGUUGAGAAAAUAACAGAUGAUGUCACUAAGUCUGAUCUUAAAGAAGUAGUGAACAAACUCCUUCCUGAUUCAAUUGCCAAGGAUAUUGAAAAGGCCUGUCAAGGCAUUUAUCCAUUGCAUGAUGUUUAUAUCAGAAAGGUAAAAGUUUUAAAGAAGCCUCGUUUUGACUUGAGCAAAUUGCUUGAGCUCCAUGGAGAUGGAAAAGGAAGUAGCGAAGAACCUGGUGCCAAGGUUGAAAGACCAGAGGGCUAUGAGCCCCCUGUGCAAGAAGCUGUUUAAACAAAACAAAACCCAAUAAAAACUUGUUGAAGUA